AUGAAGACUUGGUGUAGUAUGAAGCAACUGAUGAUAGGGAGAUUCCUACCUGCCGAUUAUGAGCAGUACCUAUAUUGGCUCUACCAUAAUUGGCAUAAAGGCAAUCAGAACUGCAAUAAUUUGGAGGAAACAAAUGGUCAAAUGGUUGCUAGGUAUAUCAUUGGGUUGAGAAGUUCUCUGCAGGAGAAAAUUGGGUUUCAGACUUUGUGGACAUCUCAUGGGGCACAAAAUAUGGCAUUGAAGGCCAAAUUACUAGAGAAAGAUAAGCGUACUGGGUCGAGCACUAGUGGUAUCAAGAAGAGCAAUUAUGUAUCCUCUGCUCCAUCCAUGGAGAAAAACAAGGUGUGCAGUAGAAUCCUGGGGAGAGUGAUAUGCAACAGAAUUUUACCUCACUCGACGAAGGUAGUAGUAGAAAUUAGGGAAGAGAUCUCAACAAAAGGAGCAAUCCUUAUGCUAGGUCGACGAAUGAUAUUUGUUACAGGUGUUCCACUAGGGCAUCGCUCCAAGGAGUGCCCAACCCAUAAAAAAUAG